AAAGUAAAAGUAAAAAUUGCAGAAAAGCACAGACUUAGUCUGACACGCAGCAGGACGGAGAUUUUAUUUAAGCUUUCUGUCUGCUUCUCAGAAUAAGCUGUAACAUGCUGCACUCUCUGAACCCCAGCCAGCAGCAGCCUGCAGGUUUCUGCUUCGAAAACACCCGCAGGAAUACAGUUUUAGAGUCCAGCUUGUCAGAGGUUGGCUACAAAGCUCCCGGUGCAAGAAAGACGGGUACCACCAUCGCUGGGGUGGUGUACAAAGAUGGAGUGAUCCUCGGAGCAGAUACCAGAGCUACUGAUGACAUGGUGGUGGCCGACAAAAACUGCAUGAAGAUUCAUUACAUCGCUCCAAAGAUCUACUGCUGCGGAGCUGGCGUGGCUGCAGAUGCAAACACAACCACGCAGAUUAUGGCAUCCAACGUGGAGCUCCACAUGCUAAACACCGGCCGACCCCCCCUCGUUGCCAUGGUAACCAGACAGCUGAAACAGAUGCUGUACAGGUACCAGGGUCACAUGGGUGCAUCAGUGAUUGUUGGUGGCGUGGAUGUGACUGGUGCUCACUUGUACAGCGUUUAUCCUCAUGGCUCCUAUGAUAAACUUCCUUUUCUCACCAUGGGUUCUGGAGCUGCCGCUGCUGUUUCUGUAUUUGAGGACAGAUUCAAGCCAAACAUGGAGGUGGAAGAAGCAAAGCAGCUGGUACGGGAUGCCAUUGCUGCAGGGAUUUUCUGUGACUUGGGUUCAGGCAGCAACGUGGAUUUAUGUGUCAUCACCGAAGCUGGAGUGGAGUUAUUGAGAGGUUACGACAAGCCCACGACGAAGGGGAAAAGAGAGGGACAGUACAAGUACAAGCCCGGCACCACCGCCGUCCUGACCAGCACUGAGACCCGUCUCUCUCUGGACGUGGUGGAUGAAUCUGUUCAGACGAUGGACACUCAGUGAUAAACCAAAUGUUCUCCCUGGAAUGUUUCCCAAGCAUUCAACGAGAUGAACAUACUGAUAAAAAGUUGGGAAAUCAUUGUUACUAACACAAUGAUUGUUUGAUGAUCAUUUAAAUUUCAUUGCACCUGGAUUUUAUAUCUUUUUCUGGAUAAACGGCAGCAGCAUAAUCAUAGCUUUGAUUUUACAAACUAUUAAAACAAAUUCUUA